AUGACAAAUAUCCCCUUUAAUUUUUUGGAUGGACUGGCUAUUUUAAAGACAUUCAAGGCAAGAAAUCUCAAUAUCAACUCUGUACAUCCUCUUACAUUUACUAAAACUCCUAAUCUUACACUCCUGGACCUCCACAAAAACGAACUGAUUUCACUCUCCUCUGAUGCAUUUCUGCCUGUUCAGUACCUUACUAGACUUUAUAUGACUAAAACAGGGUUACAGUCAAUUGACUUCCUUAUGCAAGCAAACAUUACCAAAAGUCAGAUGUUAAAGCUUCAAAACAAUACCCUAUCACUCAUUAAUGAGAUUGUGAUAGCCUCCCUCCCUAAGUUAUUUUAUCUCAAUCUGGAAGGAAAUUAUUUCUGUUGUGAUUGUGCCAAUGCUUGGUUCGUUAAUUGGACAUUAAGCAACAAUGACACGCAGGUUUCAAAUGCAGAGCAGUUCAAAUACAAUUACCCACCCAAACUCAGAGGACAAAAACUUAUUGAGUUUGACAUCAAGUUAUGCAUUGUAGAUGUAGGAUUUCUCUGUUUUAUUUCCGCUACUGCUUUAGUCUUUCUGAUAUUUCUCAGUUCUUUUCUCUACCACUUCUUCAAAAGGCGGGUCGUCUGUGCCUACUAUAUUUUGCGGUCAUUUCUCUAUGACAGCAAAUAUCACAGAAAGCAAAACACUUAUGACUUCCAGUAUGAUGCUUUUAUUUCCUACAACACCCAUGAUGCACUGUGGGUUAUGAGCGAGCUGUUACCCCAGCUAGAGGGAGAGCAGGACUGGAGGUUGUGUCUGCACCACAGGGACUUCCAGCCUGUUAAACCCAUCAUAGAUAAUAUUAUAGACAGCAUCUAUGGCAGCCGCAAAACCAUUUGUGUGAUUAGUCGCCAUUACCUGCAGAGUGAGUGGUGUUCCAGAGAGAUGCAGGUGGCCAGUUUCAGACUGUCUCCAUACUACAGGAUGAGGAGUGUAAUUAAAAAACAAACAAAGCUCAGUUGGCCCAAACCAGGUAAAGACACUCAGGUCUUCUGGAAGAAACUGAGAGUUGCUAUAGAAACCCUAAGAACCUCAGAAGGUGGUCUUAUUCUUUGA